GCACCGCGGACAGCGGCUCCAGCACCGCGGACAGCGGCUCCAGCACCGCGGACAGCGGCUCCAGCACCGCGGACAGCGGCUCCAGCACCGCGGACGUCGCUCGCCGCUGACAUGGCUCCGAUCGCGGACAGCCGCCAGCAGUUCGAUGAAAUUCCUACAGUGGUUGGGAUCUUUAGUGCAUUUGGCCUUGUCUUCUCUGUCUCCCUCUUUGCUUGGAUCUGCUGCCAACGAAAAUCUUCCAAGUCCAAUAAGACCCCUCCAUACAAGUUUGUCCAUGUUCUGAAGGGGGUUGAUAUUUACCCUGAGAAUCUCAACAGCAAGAAGAAGUUUGGAGCAGAUGAUAAAAGUGAAGCAAAGGACAAAUCGGCAAUGCCAAAGAAUUCUCUCCAUCUUGACCUGGAGAAGAGAGAUCUAAAUGGCAAUUUCCCCAAAACAACCACAAAAAUGCAGGGCUCUCCAGAUCUUGAAAAUUCAUCUCCUAAGCACUUUGCAGAAAGGAAGAAAGAUUCGGUAUCCCCUGAUAGCUUAAAAUCCAUCACUUCUCUGUCAUCUGAAGAUAAACAAGACAAGCUAGGAACUCUCUUUUUCUCCUUAGAGUACAACUUUGAGAAAAAAGCAUUUGUAGUGAACAUCAAAGAAGCUCGUGGGCUGCCAGCAAUGGAUGAACAGUCAAUGACUUCUGAUCCCUACAUCAAAAUGACAAUCCUGCCUGAGAAAAAGCACAAGGUGAAAACUAGAGUGCUGAGAAAAACCUUAGAUCCAGCUUUUGAUGAGACUUUCACAUUUUAUGGGAUCCCCUACAGCCAAAUUCAAGACUUAACACUUCACUUCAUAGUCUUGAGCUUCGACAGAUUUUCCAGAGAUGAUGUCAUUGGAGAAGUCCUCAUCCCCCUCGCUGGAAUUGAACUCUCGGAAGGAAGACUGCUAAUGGACAGAGAGAUCAUCAAAAGAAAUGUUAGGAAAUCAUCUGGUCGUGGAGAAUUGCUGGUCUCUCUCUGUUAUCAGUCUACAACAAACACACUCACUGUCGUUGUUCUAAAAGCCAGGCAUCUACCUAAAUCGGAUGUGUCAGGAUUAUCAGACCCUUAUGUCAAAGUGAACCUGUACCAUGCCAAGAAGAGAAUUUCUAAAAAGAAAACUCAUGUGAAGAAGUGCACCCCCAAUGCAGUGUUCAAUGAAUUGUUUGUCUUUGACAUUCCUUGUGAGGGCCUUGAUGAUAUCAGCAUUGAAUUUCUGGUUUUAGAUUCAGAUAGGGGGUCAAGGAACGAGGUCAUUGGCCGGUUAACCUUGGGAUCUUCAGCAGAAGGAACAGGUGGAGAGCACUGGAAAGAAAUUUGUGAAUAUCCUAGGAGACAAAUUGCCAAAUGGCAUAUGUUAUGUGAUGGUUAGCAGGUUAGAGAGGGGAUGGAUCUUAAAAAACUAUAUAUAUUUCCAUAGGCAAGGAGCAUUUUUUUUCUUUGUUAUGUAUAAUUACAAGCUUUUAACAACAAUUUUUUUUUUCAGAGGGGGCAGGAUGUUGAAAUAAACUUUAAUUGAAUUAUUAGAACAGAAGGUAACUUAAUUUUCACAGUAAAUAAUCGAAUUUCUAUUUCAUUAAACUUUAACAUGAUCAGUUUAGAUUAAUAUUCUUCUAGAGUUUAAGGCGGCCUCUAAAUUUUGAAACACUGUAAACUUCAAGAAGAACAAACUAUGUUUUGAAAAAGUAACUUAUUAGUGACUCAUAUUUAGAAGAAGAUAACCUUACUACAAUAUAUCCAGAAAAAAAACCACCUGUGGCUUACUAAGGAAGGGGAUGGAUCUAUAAAAGCCAUGGGGAUUGAGAGUGAGUGGUGGGGGAAAAUUUCUUCUGCCCCUCCACCAAAAACCUUCUUUUAUGAAAAUUUAAUUAUUAUUUGUAUUUUUGGUUACUUAUACUUUGAUCAUCCCAAAGAACUAGCGUAUUUUCUGUAUUUUGCUUUACAUAUCACAUUAUGUAAACUAUUUUUUUUACAUGUUGAAAUAUUGUAUAAUUAAUUACACUUGGACUUUUUUAGUGAGUUUAUAUAUAUAAUUUAUUUUAUUACAGUGACCAAAAUAGAUACAUACUUCAAACUAAUGAUAAGUUAGCAUACAUAUUUUUUGUUAAAAGGGCUCCUUUACGGGUGACUGUACACAUUACAGUAUAGCUAGAAUUUGGGGUUAGAUAUGGCUUGCAUUUUUUUCCUCUAGGUAGGAUUACACUUUAAGCAUUUCAAGCCAUACAAAAGAAUUUUUGUUGAGAUGAGGUAACAUUCAGGAUAUUACAAUAAAUUACUUUUCACCAAAUAAAUUUUAAUGUUUCACUAGUAC